CAUCCUCACUGGUCCUCAAAGAUCAAAACAACCAUCACGAAGAUGAACAAGCCACUGCUCCUGCUGGUCGCUCUGACUUUCUGCUGUUGCAUCGCAUCUCUGCAUGGUUUUGCCCUCAACACCUGCCGCUGUAGGCGGACGGUCGCGAAUCCUAUUCCUCCUAGAGCAGUCAAGAAGAUCGAGGUGACUCCUGCCUCAGGACACUGCCCCCGAACUGAAAUCAUCGUCACCGUGAGGAAUGGUAACAAGAUUUGUGUCGAUCCAGAGGCCAAGUGGUUUCCAGGCCUUCUCAACACUCUGCAAAAGAAAAAUGGCCUCCAAACUGCUGAGCCAACCACUGUUUCUAGCUUCUGAUCACGUUUCGUGGCAUAUUGAUGCCUUCAGUCAUCAAGCUGUGAAUUACCGAAGGCUGACCCACCUUCCAUUUUUUAUGUCACUGUCUUUUUGUUUUGUAUUGAACCUUUUUGCAGUUUCAUUUAUUUUUAGUGUUUAAGGGAAAAAAAAUUAUGACAUAUACAAAAUACCAUGAUCUAAAUGUGACCUUUUAUACCUGAUGGUAUUAAUGCGCUGGCUUACCAUUUUAAAGAAUGUAUUGAAGAAAAUGAAAUACUGCAGUUUUGAUGCACAGAUUUGAACUUUUAUAUGUUUUGUAUCUGUUAGUGUUACCAUUUCUUACUUAAGAAACAUGUAUUUGUACUGUUUGAUUAAAAAUGGAUGAUUUUAGCAUGUUGGUUAGGAUGGUUUUUGUCACUUUAGCACUAGGGUGCUAUGACUUCAAUUUAUGUUGUAAUUUAGAUUUUUGUUUUUUAAUAUAUAAAAAAAUAACAA